AUGGCGAAUAUGACAAUUGAAAUCGUUGCCUUCAUGUUUUCCGUAUCUGGUUUUAUUUUGGUAUCUUCGACAUUGCCCACAGACUAUUGGAAGGUCUCUUCCAUCGACGGUACCGUUAUCACCACUGCCACUUUCUGGGCUAACCUUUGGAAAACGUGUGUGACUGAUUCCACUGGAGUCUCCAACUGCAAAGACUUCCCAUCCAUGCUGGCACUCGAUGCUUAUAUACAGGUCUGCAGAGGUCUCAUGAUUACUGCUGUUUGUCUUGGAUUUUUUGGUUGCAUAUUUUCACUGGUGGGGAUGAAGUGCACAAAAAUUGGAGGCUCAGAGAAAAUUAAAGGAAAAAUUACCAUUUGCGCAGGAAUGCUAUUCAUUUUUUCUGGGUUGGCAUCUGUAAUUGCUUUUUCUUGGUAUGCAAAUCGAAUUACUGCAGAAUUCUACGAUCCCAUGAUUGUAGAACAAAAAUAUGAAUUAGGAGCUGCUUUGUUUAUUGGUUGGGCUGGAUCUUCACUUUCCAUAUUAGGAGGUGCAAUAUUUUGUUUCUCCUUAUCUAAUGGUAAAGGUUCUCCAAGAGUGGGUUAUGGCUACAGUGCUACAGCAUCCCUUUUUUCUUCCCGGACAAUGGUACACAAUGAAGACAUGAGAUCAACGAAGAAUGCAGGGAUCCCUCCAAAGCAAUUUGAUAAGAAUGCAUAUGUUUAA